ACGACUUUGUGAACAGCCAUUAAGAAUAGGUAUUAAUAAUACAAUUCCCACGGGUACUGUUUAGUAGGAAUGGAAUUUAUGUUCGGCUUGUCAGUCAGUCAAGUAAUAUCCAGGCGGAAAACGCGGAUGCGUUUCUUCAACGGUAGACGAAUUUGAAGAAGCUACAUGUGUAUUUUCAAAAAGUAGAAUGCUUCAUUUGAUCAUUUCAAGGUCAUUCUUUGUAUAUAGUUAUGUCGCCUUCGUUGGCGCCAACGAGAAAACCUGCUCUUCUUUAGGUCAAUUACCUGUGGUGGAAAAUUCAAGACUAAAAGGUGCUGUUAUUGAAACUAUUCCUACUUCAGGCCUUGCCAGCUGUGCAAAAGAAUGUCUACUAAGAAGCAUGUGCAGGUCCUACAACUUUCAGCUUGAUGACGGAACAUGCGAGCUCAGUAGUGAGGAUGGCACUACCACCGAUGGAUCAAUUUCUAUGGAGACAGUACCGCGCUUUGUGUUCUCAGAGUCCAAAGCCUGGCCACAGAGAAUAGCGGGUGGCUGUGAAAACCACUCCUGUCCCAACAACACACUGUGUACUGAAACAAAGGAUGGCGGCUUGGCGUGUGUCCUUGCAUACUGCAGGGACCCACCAACUGUUGAAUAUGCCGCCCCUUCAAUGGUCAGACACUUCACUCCGAUAAACCAGUCAUUGACGCUGAAUUGCAAAGUUGGCUAUGUGCCUUGCGGAAAUAUGACAUGUAACCCAGAUGGAACAUGGACUACGAUGACAUGCAUGCCCGUGUCGAACUGUACCGAGGUACGGCAACUUAGUUCCACGUACACUGACGGAGAAUACUGGCUGUACCCACGACAACUGAGUGGAGCUCCAGUCAAGGUGUACUGCCAUGCAAUGAAUAGUACACCUUCAGAGUACAUCUCGCUCCCUACACCUUAUUUUAUGGAUUCCCCAAGGGUACAAAAUUACCACUGCAACGGAGAGACCCCAUCAGUAAAGGGUUAUGGAUAUUUUGUGUUUUCAAAGUUUGGUUUGAACAUUGAGAAUAUGGAGAUUGAGAAGGAAGAUCGUGUCUUCUACAACAAAACACACCUUCUAAAUGCUAAAGUGGGUCAAGUCUAUGACUGCUACUCCCCACCAGGAACUACCUGUGGCCCAGCAGGACGGGCUGUGAUGGACCUCAGAGGCACUGGGUUAGCUCUGAACAAGACUGUGACAUGGAGUCAUUAUGGAAAGGAAAAACAUGUGACAAGGUCAUCAAAUGACCAGUUGAUCGAGGUUCGGUGUGGGGGAUGGUGCGGCGGAUGCGACAUCAGUGGUCCUGCUCUCCUCUCAGUGGUUGAAUCAGAUCCUCCCCUGGAAAACACGGCUAUUAUCCCGUCGUGUGAUGGUCAAGUGACAUAAAGCCACUGUCGUAUGCGGGCAUUUGUGGUAUCAAGAUUCAUCGUUAAGACUUAUAAGCAGAAGCAUGCAAAUGAGAAUGAAUUAAUGAAUUAAAACUA